CUUUYCAGGUCUUCUACAUCACCUAAGAUUGUGUAUUGAGCUGACAAUGUAGCAAAAAACACGAAUUGUAUUCCGUACGCGAGAAAAAUCACAGCAUGUAUUGACGGGAAGGCUACCAUUGCGUGAGGUCGUCCGAAUGUGGCUCAUAUCGCUCCUAUCGAAGUCUAACCUGAUUAUGAAUACAUUCAGCCUAUUGCAAAAGAGGAAUUUGUCGCACAAGGUGAGAGAUCUCUUUAUCUGACCUUCCAUACCCAUUCUUGAGAUAUUCAAUCAUUUAAGAAUGAACUCAUGUCUCAAGACUGGUGUAAUCUUUAAGACAAUAGAUUUCAUCAGCAGAAAUCAAGUUGUCAAUCAMAAGCCGUCGUAUCACCAUGCCCUCUCGCUUUUUGGCUGGACAACUAUUACUAGAAUGAACGUUGUUUUUUCAACGCAACUCUUUCAAUAACACGAAUGCGAACACCACGAAUGUUAUCUUAUUUUGCGUAAUUUAAAGGUUGUGAACGCUUCUAUACAGCACCCGUACAGUCAUGGCGCUAAGAGGAAGAGAGAACAAGAGCAAAUAGCCGCAGAAAUCGACCAAGUACGAACUAAACAUGAAAGUUGGAUGGAAGCUUGGCGUCUACAUAGGUGUUUCCACGGGUGCAGGAGUAAUCAUCCUGGUUGCCAUCUUCGUUCUAAUACGAUAUUACAUGAAAAGARGCUGGGCACGUAAGAAAUCUCACGCGAAUGGCAUCGUGGGACAUCUCAACCUCCCUUCACAAGUACCAGACUUCACAAUCCCACUGAUGCUUCCAAUAUUUGUACAAAGUAAAUUAGAAAAAGACARCGAAGUUUUUGAUCCUGUGAAGCAAACGAGUUCGCUCGGCACUACUGAUUCUUUGCUUGUGCAGCCGGAUGAAGAUUACAUCAUUUUAGACAAUGAAGAGGCAACCAGUGGUCCAGUGAUAAGAAGACUCGAGUCAGUUAUGGAUGUAUCAAUGUUUCCCGAUCAGGAAAACGACGAGAACAGAACGGAGGCAACCGGUCCUUGGUCCAGCUCCCGCCGUGAAUCGCUGUUCUUUCCCUAUUUGCUUGCAGGGAAAACGAACGUGCGAAAUGUGUCGGCAUCAACAGGUAGCAAUUCGUCUGCGCCUUCGUCACCUUCUAAAUUUGAAAGAAGAUACACAGAAAGAAUCCGGACAUUUUCCAACUCUUCAAGCACAGACCAAUCUUCAUCCAUUCGUCCACGAAUAUCGUCCGAUGCAGCUAGCAUCAAGCACAAACGUACAAARCCGAUGCUUGUGAAGAAAACAAGYUGCCCCGAGAGCACAAUGACGCAAAAACUUCCUCAAAAGAAGUGGUUUGGUGACUUCAACCGCCGUCAAAUGUCGUCGGACAGUUUAUUAGGCGUCAAGUCAUCAGUAGAGCUUCCAGCUUCUAAGCGCGGGAACUUGUCGCUUUCAAUUAAGUACAACAAAGAUGACAAGAAGCUUGUUGUUCAUUUAGUAAACGCUACUGAUUUACCCAUGAAGAAUAACAAUUUAUUGGACACGUUUGCAAGGUUGUACAUGAUCAUGCCAUCGAAACAGCUUCGACAACAAAGUAAGGUUCUGAAAAAGACCUGCAACCCAAUCUACGAUGAAGUCUUUAUAUUCGAUGACAUCGACAACGAUGAACUUCUGCAGGCACAUUUACGCAUCAAAAUCCUUCAAAAAGAUGGAUUUACAAGGGGCGAAAUGAUUGGCGAGUUGUCAAUCAGCCUAAGUAAUAGUGAAUUACUGACUGGGAGUAUGUUGCAAAGAUGUCUGCUACCCAGAGCAAAGAGUAUCACCGAGGUUUCCGUUGARCUUGUCUACCAAGACGAACUACUCCAGCGMCAGCAGACGCGAUCAAAGAAACAUCGUAAAAAGACCGUCUUUAACGAAGAACUUAUCUUUCAUAUCCCGACAAGCAGUUCGAAYCCUCUUGARAACUAUAGUCUCCAGUUUUCUAUCUUCACACAGGACAUCCUCAAAGGAGCGGUGUGUAUUGGCUAUGUAACCCUGGGCUUAGAUGCACCGAGGGAGUCUGAGGUUGAGCAUUGGAAAAGUGUUGUUGCGUCGCCUCAUAAACCUAUCACUGCUAUGCACAAGUUUCAUCGGACGCCGGUGUGAUGUCGGUGGAAAUUCAGUUAUGAAAUACUCUGAAAUUGAGAUAAAUCAGAACGGCAAACCAGUACAGUUGCGUGGACAGUAGUAUGAGCACCAAAAGAGGCGAAUGAAGCUCUAGUUACGACUCGAUCCCAAAACUAUUAGAUGAUAUUAAAUUAUUAGCUUUUUUUCAUCUAUGGCAUGUUCGAUUUAAGCUUGCGUUUCAGAAGAUUAUAUUAUUACAGGGUUUUCUGGCAUGACAUAACGACUGCAUGUUAGAUCUAGAGUGUACAAUCCUCAUUAAGGCUUAUGAAGCAUUUUCGACUAUUGUUUUAUGGUGAAGUAUUAUUGUAAAUUUUUAAUGAUAGCAUGCUAAGUUACAUGCUUGUUAUAAAACAGAACCAUGAAGGCAGUAGAGAAAGGUAAGUAGUUACACUGAUACACGCAUUGCAUUGUUUUCUAUGCCUAUAGAAAAAGUAUUACCGAUCACCUUAUAGUGAACACUUAUUUCAUUUUUUCUCAACAAUGGUUUCUCUAUAGGACUACUACAACUAAACCAUUUAAUGUUGUUUCACGUUUUUAAAGAUCCACAUGCAUCCGUGGACCUUUGCAGUAUUUUUCACAUCAAUUUCAAAUCUUUAAUUUUCAACCAAUCAGAAUGCACUUAGACUCCUCCUGCAGAAGCACUUCAUUUUGUCCUUUCGGGAUCCCUCUGGAAUACUCUUCCUCGGUGGUCAUAUUGAGGAAUAGACUCGAGCUCAAGAGUAGAAAGAAAAGCGGAAAGGAAGAGAAGCGCCUGCGUAUGAGUCUAAAAGCAACAAACGAGCGCAAACGUUCUCGGAUGAACGUCGGCCUUUWAUGUCUUCACUUUAUUAGGUUUAUUAAAUUAUAAAUUAAUAUUAAUUUAGUAUGAUAGACAUAAUAUGAUAAAUUAUUUGACGGCGCCAUGUGGGCCUGGCACAUAAAAGAGACAAAAGUAAAAAAACAUAGAAAGAAAAGAUAAAUUAUAUAUUGCUAUUGCAAUUUAUUGUGUUUGAGCUGUUGUUUGACUUAUAUUCUGCUAACUACUUGAAAUAUCUAGCUAAUAUCAGAAUAUUUGAAACGUGAAGAAAAUAAAAAAAAAUGUUGAAAAAUCA